AUGACCGAACUCGACAAGCACGACCUCGAAGCAUCAUCCCCCACUCCCAUCUCCAUCCCCAACUCCACCAAACCCUCACCCCCCAAAGACAAAGACACAUCCCCCAACCUCAUCACCUGGAACGGACCCGAUGACCCAGAAUCUCCCCAGAACUGGCCCAGAAACCUCAAAUGGAAAAACACAUGGUCCAUCUCCCUCUUCGUCUUCAUCUCGCCCAUCUCCUCCUCGAUGAUCGCCCCAGCAAUGAACGAUCUCGCGCAGUCGCUGGACAUGAUACACUCCGAAUUCGAGAUAUAUCUGUCCCUGAGUAUCUUCAUCUUGGGGUAUGCGAUUGGUCCCGUGUUUUUUGGGCCCGCGUCGGAGGUAUAUGGACGGGUUAGGAUCUUGCAGGUGAGUAAUUUGUGGUAUUUGGGGUGGAAUUUGGGGUGUGGGUUUGCGAGGCACAAGGGGGUGUUGUUUGCUUGUAGGUUUUUGGCGGGGGCCGGGGGGAGUGCGCCGUUGGCUGUGGGAGGACAGUGA